AUGCCAUUUACUCUAAGAGCGUUAGAGGAUGAAGUAAAGGCGAAAAUGGGUGUUGUGGAGCCUGAAAAACACAAUCUGUUGCGACCUUAUCAGGUUCUCUAUGAAGUCGCCGGAGAGAUGGUUGCUCAGUUCAAAACAACAGUAUUAGUGAUGCCAAAUGGUCUGUUAAAAAUUGCCGGUCUACCUCUUGAUAUGAAUUUGAUUGAUACAGAUGCUAAGUUGCAGCCAGCUAAGAAGGAAGCUCCUGUUUCCGUUGCUGCAAACAAUGCGACACCUCCAGUUGCUGAACCAGUUGCCGCAAAAUAG